UCCCUCUUCUCUCUCCUCUUUAAAUCCUCCUCUCUCUCUCUCUCUCUCUCUAUCCUUCUCUCUCUGCGUGUACAAAGGCUCCUCCUUUCCAUUCCAUCCUUUGGCUCUUCGAAAUCGGGUGCAGGAGAUGGCCAUCUUCUUCUCCUCCAAGGGCUCGAGCGCCUCGUGGGUGCUGUCCCUCAAGGUCCUCCUCGCCUCCACCCUCGCCCUCUCCGCCGCCCUCCUCCUCAAGCUCUCCCUCCCGGCCAUCUCCGCCUUCCUCACCUCCGACCUCCCUUCCCUCUACGCCCUCCUCCUCGCCUGCCUCCGCCCCCCCUACCUCUACAUCCUCAUCAACUGCAUCAUCAUCUCCAUCGUCGCCUCCUCCAAGCUCCACCACAAGGCGGACGACGAACACCACUCGGCGCCGGAGGUCGCCGGCGCCGAGUACGUCGCGGCGGCUGCGUACGCGGCUCCCCCGGCCGAGGCGGUGGUGGUUCGGGAUCCGGCGGGGGAUCUGAAGGUGCCCGUGGUGAGCGCGGAGUACGGCGUCUACGGCGGCGUCUACGAUCCGAGGUCGGUGAAGGCCGUGGAUGACGACGCGUACGGCGGAGACGGCGGUGGGGGUUUGGUGGCGGAAGUGGAGAAAACGGUUGAUGAGGCGGCGGUGGCCGCGGACGGCGGUUACGAGCUGGCGGUUCCGGAGCCGGCGAGUCCGCUGCUGAGGAACGACUCUUUGGAUUUCUCGUUCUUCAAUCCGAACGAGGAUCGGGGAGAGAAGCCGCCCGUUUCGACGAGGUUCGGUCAUCGGAAGUCGGCCAAAUCAAGUCCCGAAGUCGGGAGGCAGUUGCGGGUCUCGAGGCCGAAGCGGAACGACACGCUGGAGAGCACGUGGCGGACGAUAACCGACGGCCGCGCGGUCCCGCUGGCGAGGCACCUGAGGAAGUCCGACACGUGGGACUCCCACGCCCGGCGUGACGACGAGAGUAGCCCCGCGUCCCCGGCGAAGAUGAAGAAGUCGGAGACCUUCGGCACCCGCCCCGCCGCCGCCUCCAGCGACCGGCCGGCGAGCCCGUCGCCGGGCUCGGGGAAGCUGAGGAGGGAGCCGUCGCUGGGGCAGGACGACCUGAACCGGCGCGUGGAGGCCUUCAUCCGGAAGUUCAACGAGCAGAUGUGGCUGCAGCGGCAGGAGUCCCUGAACCAGUUCCAGGAGAUGAUCAACCGUGGGGCCGGCUGAAUCCCACGCUUCUCGGUGGAGUCGGACUCAUUUUCCUUUCCGGGAAAAGGAAAAUUUCCGUGGACAACUUUCUUGGGAAAGAAAUUAGUAGAAAAUGAAUAGAGAAUUGAAGCUGGGAAGAUAUGUAGUUAGGCGUGAGUUUAUAUUAUGUCUGUGAAAAGGUCCUGUCUUUUUUUUCUUCUUCUUUUUUCUCUAUUUGGGUUUUUGGUUAUAGAAAUGUCUGAGAAAGCGAAAUGAAAACGACACAGAUUUUUUCCCCGUCGUUGGUUCGUCUUCUCAGUCGUCCACAUCCGGUUGGUGUUAAUGGGCAAUGAUGAUGAGGACAACCUUCGGCUGGAUCGAGGAAUGAACUUGGGGAUUAGUGGGAUUGGAGACGCCCCAUUGCCAGGGGAAAAAAAGGACGGCAGUGGAAGCGAGGGAUUGGGCGGUUUCUGAUGGUGGUGGGAGGGAGAGCGUCUUGUCCCUGUCAUGUGAAGUUUCCUUUUCUUCUUCACUUGUCCCCUUCAAUCAUCACCCUUUUGUGGAAUCAUUUCAUUUUGACUGCUGCUUAGAUUGUUAUGUAAGUUUUCCAAGUGGGAUAAUUAUUAUUUUGCAUCGUUCUUGCUAUAUUCUAAUA